UGUUAACCCAGUAUUAUAUUUUUUGACAAUCGGUUUUUCCCAGAUUCCGUAAUGAUCGAAGUUUGGGCAAUUUUACAUAAAUAUUGAUAUUGAAUUAUUAUAUAAGUGGUUAAAAUACAAAUGUGAACUACUAUUUCAUCAACACAUUUGAGAGUCAAGAGAAUUCUGUAAUUUAUAAGGUAGUUAACCCAUGUAGCAGAUAAUUGGAGAAGGAGAAGUGAUCAUAGUCAUAAUCCAACAUGGCUGAGGCUGAAACAAAGCAUUGCAGUAACUGCAAGAGAGAUAUUCCUGCAAAUAACUAUAUCAUGCAUCAGUCGCAUUGUGCGAGGAAUAUCUCACUUUGUAAAUACUGUGGGGAAACUGUACCACACCGGCAGAUGGAUGAACAUUUUGAAGAGGUUCAUGCAAAGGUGAAUUGUGAAUGUGGAGAAGGCGUAGAAAAGCAACAUCUUGAAAGUCAUAAAGAAAAUGAUUGCAAUCUUCGGAUGAAAAUGUGUAGAUACUGUGAGAUGGAUGUGACAGCCAAAGAUCUGCCCUCCCACGAGGACUUCUGUGGAAGCAGAACAGAACCCUGCCCCGCAUGCUCCCGUUACAUCUGCAUCAAAGACAAACAAAGACAUGAAAAUUCUGAUUGCUACAGAGAACAGCCAGCACCCCCUGCUGCGACCAUGCACAAUAAACUUCAUGACAAUCUCAGCUUUCUGCAUGAAGAGCCGGGCUCAUACCAGGCAUUUGCAGCAGGUCAUCGCUAUAGAGCACCACGACUCUUUGAAGAUGGGUCAAACCGUGAUGAUGUUUUUAGAAUGUUUGGUCAAACAUCUACCACAGCAGUUCGUAGUUCACGAAAUACUGAUGAGCGUAAGCACAGAAAGAACAAGUCUCGUGUUCAGAACCUUUUCGGAGAAAGAAGCAAACCUGACAACAGAGAAAGUCGUACAACACAACAUAGGUUAUCAAAUCCGGAUGACAUGGAUUUUCUUGCUAGGCACCUUGCUCAUGACCUAUCCAACAAAGAUGUUCCUGAUUGUGAAGCAGCUGUAUCUGAGAGCGACAUUGAUACUAUAUUACAAGAGGGUUACAGAAUCCCUGACCCUCCUAUGACAUCAUCAUUGAACCAACAAAGGUAUUCAGAUUUUGCACAACAGGAUGAGCUUUUAGGUCAAGAUGGUGGUGCAAAGUUGCCUUGUGAAUUUUGUAAUAAGUUAGUGAGUGAGGAGGAUCUGAUACUCCAUCAAUCUGGCUGUCAGUAUGAACAGAUACAAUCAUCUAGGGAGGCAAGACAUAGUGAAGCUGAGAGUCUCAUUGCUAGAGGGCCUUCUCCACUCCGUAUUCCAUCCCCACCAACGGCACCAUCUAAUUGUAACACUCAAUCUGAUGAUGGGAGUGAUGAUAUUCUGAUGUUACCUUGUGAAUUCUGUUCUGAAUUAUUACCUGCAGAUAGUAUAUCAUUCCAUCAGAUUCAAAGAACAGCAGACAAGGAAAAAGGGAUCCCUAUGCAUGCUUAGCUACACGGGUUGGGCAAGAACAGAGUUCCAGGGUGAAGAACAGCUCUUCACAUCACCAGCCUGCCAACAGGAGUGGACCGCCAGCCAGCAGGGGUGGAGUUCCAGCCAAUAGAAGUGUGGCACCAGCCAACAGAAGUACGCUACCAGCCAAUAAGAAUGGAGCAACAGCAGCUGACAGGGGUGAAAUACCUGCUAACUAUUCUAAGAAAGAUAAAAAGCCUGAAAGGAAACAUUUCAAGCCUCAAAAGAAGCCCUCCGAUUUGUAUGCCAAUAUUGCUAACAACAUUGGCCAGAAGCCUUCCACAGAAAACCACAUCGAACAAGUUAGAAUGUUCACUGAGCGACAACAAGUAGCCAGCAUUGCAGCUAAUGGAACAAAACCAAAGAGAUCAUUAGGGAACCAGCAGCAUGAAGACGACACCCAACCAGGGUACCGCAAAUCACAUGAUCAGCGAGCAAGGAGGGCAAGGGCAAACCACCAUGUUACCUCAAGACAAAUGACCGUUGACCCAAGUGAUGAGACACAGUUACCAGUAAGACCCAGAAGGGUACAUCCAGCAAACAACACACAAACAAGGCAAGUCAAAAAGCCACCAGGUGGAGGGACAGGAUCUAACUACUACUAAGUGAGCAGAAAGCAGGCAGACAUCGGCGGAACUGGCAGCCAAGAUGUAAGCAUCAAUUCAGGUGGCUUAAUUGAAGACAAAGUGCAUUCAGUACCAAUAUUUGAUAGCUUCAAAUGCCACCAUAUUCACAGAUACCAAUAUUUUGCAAAUCUUACACAUAAGUCAUACACCAAUUAAGCGUAAUUUGUUGUAAAUCACCAGUUUCGUGUUAGAAAAACUCAAACAUUAGAAAGCAUAGCUUUGAAAAAGAAUCAUGGAAUUUCACACAUCGGAAACUGUAGGUGUAGAAAAUUCAUGGGAAUUUAUUGCCACAAGAAGUUGCACGGGAAACCAAAGACACAGAAAGAUUCAUGGGAAAUUGUAGCAAUAGGACAUACAUUGGAAUCCAUAGCCUUGGAAUAAAUCAUUGAAAACCAAAGAGUUAGGAAGGUCUGUGGAAAAUAAUAGCCAUAAAUAGAUUGAUGGGAAAUAAUAACCAUAGGACGAUACACCUCUUUGCCCUUGAAGUUUGUUGAAAGCGUAUAGAUUGUGAAUUUGCGCUGAGCCUCCAAUGCCUCCUGACACCAAUGCUACCCUUUGUAGUAUGUUGGACAGUACACCCUGAGACAAAUUCUGGUUCUUUUCUGAAGAUUGUACUGCAUUAAUGGGACCAGGAGUAUAAACAUCUCUUCCAAAAUAUGGUGCGUUAUAAAUCUGUAGUUGAUAGCAGCUUGAUGGAGUAUAACCACAAUGUGUAUGUGGUUUAAUCAAUUAAUUAAUUUAAUCGCUACACAGCCGUUACAGCGUUUUCACACUGCAAUUCUUGCGCUGCGUAGCUGUCACACAGUCAGGAGCGCUCCCUGAUUCAGCUGACCAAUCAGCACUGCCAAAGGAGUCGGCGAUAGCGUGUAGCGAUUUUUUAUGGAAACCAGGCUUAUGUAAAAAGGAAUAUCAGAGCAGAUUAUCACUCACCUCUUGAGGUGGAAAUUCCUGAAUUUUAUCAUUACAGUAUUAUUUAUUCCAGCUGAUGAUACAAGAUGGUUACCUAGAAACAAAACAAAAGGAGAAACAAUAAGCACUACCUGCCCUGAAGGCACAAAAACAGUCUAAUUCAUUGUCAUGAAUUAAGUGUAAACCUCCAAUUUAUGACUACUAUAUAGUAUUAGACAUAAAUGCAAUAGCAUAUAAAUAGUGAAAUUAUAUUAUUACAGAAUCAUAUUAGCGUAAUAUUUAAGUAGGCCUUUAACUUCAAAAUAUCAAUACAAUGAUGUUAAAGAUUAGUUGAAAAUAUUUCUUUUGUAUUAGUUUGUUUGUUUUGUAUUAUUAAAGGUAUGUUUAAAGACAAUAAUAUGGAAUAUGACCAGUAGUACUGAUCGCAGGCAGUGGACUUAGAAAAAAACGUGGGAAAAUUUUUUGUAAAUAUUUGCAUGCUAAUUUAUACAGCCCACAAGCACUUUGAGUACCAGGGGCUUGUCAACCACAAGCUGACUGAACAGAUCAUAAUACUACAGUAUAUGCUUAGUCGAAACAGGUUAUAUAGGCAAUCUAGCAUGUAGAGCCUGCACAAGCAAAGUGUCAUUUUCUGUUUAUAACCCUGAGCAAGGGUGCAGCGGGCUUGACUUGCCUGUGUGGGUAGUUGGUGUGUGUGGAAGGCUUUACCAACUGCGGGCUGAGUGUGGACCAAAAGUGCACUGCCUGUUAUCACUACUGUAAUAAAUUGACUUGCACUUGCACUCAACUAUAGCACUCAAGCAACAUCUUUCUAUCCACAGUGAUGGUAUUUUAUUUUAAAUUUGAGUCCAUCAUUUAUAUAGGUUUACAUUUUCUUUUUAAUUUUUAUUAUGUAACUUUUAUUUUAUUUAUUUUUUGUUGAUUUUGGGUUAAUCACAAAAACAUAUCAAUAUGUAAUAAGUAGUGAGUUUUAUACCUGAGACAACAAAGUAAUCUGGUAUGGUUUAAGGGAAUGAGUUAUUGUAUUCAUUAUGUUGGAACAUGGUUGAGUCCAUUUGUCUUAUACUUGAAAUGAACUUUGAAUCCGUCGUUGCAGAAAGUGUUUUUACCAAUCAGAAAAAGCUAACAUACACAGGGGUGUCAAAUUAUUUUAUAUACUGUAUUUGGUGCACUAGCUAUACUGCGAUGCUACUGUCUGUAUGUACUGAAUUGAGUAACAAUUAAUACAAGUAAUAACAAUAGUAUUAAAUAGCUUAAAUUAAUAACUUUCUUUUGAGAAGUACAAAAUAAUUAAUUAAUAUAUAUAUAACAUUGCUCUGUUUACAUUAUCAUAUGAUUAAUUUAAUUAUUUAUUAACAUAUGUAAUUCUCUUUCAUAUUCUUUUGUAUUUUAAAAUUCAAUUUGAUACAUAUUUUUGGGCAUGUAUAUGAUUGUGUGGUAAAAAUGUUUUUACAUCACUGAAAUUUUUAAUUCUUGCUGCUAUUCUGGUAAAUGUCUCUAUAUAUGCCAUUGGCCCAGGCCUCAUCAUUAUGCCACUGAUCUCUAGAAGACACCAUUUUGUUGGGGAACACUGCUUUGAAAAAUCAUUUUUGGACUCAGAAUGCCAGUUUUGGGCAUCUAAACGACCCUAUUCUUAAAAUCUCAGCCACCAACAUGGUGAGGCUGAGGUGGGUGUAAACUCUUCUGUCGGGGUCUUGAUGAUGACAAGGCCCAGUCAUUCUUAUGUCUGGCUAAAAUCACUCGUGCAUGUUAUUAUUGAUAAUACAUUAAAACCAGAAGGAUAUGUCUGGAAAUAUAAAUGGGUAAAUAUGUACAAAAUAAUGAUAAUAAAAAAAUAAUCUAGGUAUAUUUCACCUUGUGCUGUAGCUAACCAGACUAAGAAGUGAUGUGUAUUUUACUCAUCUAAUGAUAUUAUAUAUAUUUGGAUAUUCAAAUGCUUUGGUUUUGUACUUAUUACACAAAAUUUUUAUCCCAAUUUCUGAAAUCGGCUUAGGUAAGGUGAACUCUUUGGUGUGUGUGACAAUGGUGUGGCGUGACUUCUGUUAUUAGUUGACCAUGUUCAAAUGAAUCACUCAAAAUAUAUAUGUGAAUACCAUGUCUAGCAGGGAUGGAUACAGAUUUGUAUAAAUGGUCUAUGGGGUGGGGGGAGGUGGAGUGGAAUAAGCAGAGAAAUGGUGACAAUUUUUUGAAUCCAUUUAAUAAAGAAAUUUGUAAUUUGGAUGGUAUGGUGUCAUGUGGCCUCUGUCUCCUCUAAUUAUCACAGUUACUGUUGUGGUCCAGUGUACCGAUAUGCACCAGAAUUUCCUCACAUGUUCCCAUCUUCUAUUGUAUUGAUGAUGAUCUAAAAAUUUGCCAGAAUUUUUCGGUAUCAGUACUUUAAUGUAUUUUUACUCUAUUCUAUUAAAUUGCUAAAUUGUAAUAUAGAUUGUAGAAAUUAUUAAUAAAUAAAAGGAUUAAAAUUGCA